AGUUCACAUGAGACUCUGGACAUAGUGGAGGAGAAGAAGCAGGCAGAGGUUGGGAUAGAAGAAACAGUAGUCGUAGACGAAACCAACAAAGGGAAAAUGCAAGUUGCCACUGGUGAUGGGGAAACAAGUAAGGUGAAGCAUCUGUCAAAAAAGGACUCUUCAUCAUUGCCAUCAGAUAGUAGCAGCAGCAGCAGUAGUAGUGAGAGUGAGGAUGAAGAGGUGAGAGAAUGCCAGCCCCAUCAUAGGGCAAUUGAGGAAGUCAUCAGGGAAGAACAGGAAGAAGAGGAAGACAUGAAAAGGAAAGAACCUGAAAAAAAAUUACAGCAAGUGGAAGUUACACCAGAAGGCGGUAAACUAAAUGUUCCAGUUGAGCAGACACAAGUUACAGCGGAAGAUUCGGUCCAGGAAAAUGCAGUUACCAUAGCUACGGAGGAGAAGAAAUUGUCAGAGGAAAUUAAGCAAGAUUUAGGUGAAGAAAAAGAGGAAGAACAGCUCAAACUCAAAGGAGAUGUGUCUCGUGUUGGCAGUGAUGUUGUACCGCAAAUAAUUUGUUGUUGUCAGGCUCCAGUAGUGAACACAGAGAUGCUAACCAUUUCAGAUGAGAGAGAACAGAGAACCGAAAUCUCCACUAAAGAAGUUCCAAUUGUUCAAACAGAAACUAAAACUAUCACAUAUGAACCUUCACAGAGUGGUGGUGAUACUGGUGUGCUGCUGAGUGCACAGACAAUUACAUCAGAGCCAAUUUCUACUACCACAACUACACACAUCACAAAGAUGGUAAAAGGUGGGGUAUCAGAAACAAGAAUUGAGAAGCGCAUUGUCAUUACUGGAGAUGCGGAUAUUGACCAUGAUGAGGCCCUGGCACAGGCAAUCAAAGAAGCCAAAGAACAGCACCCUGACAUGUCUGUCACAAGAGUCGUGGUGCACAAAGAAACUGAACUUACUGAGGAAGGUGAAGAGUAG